AUGAGUUGGCGCGCGCAGAUCUCCCGCAGCAUCCAGGAGCUGCGUUUCGUGGCGUGCGAUACUUCACAGAGCAGUGCGGGUUUGCGCACGUUUUUCCGCGAAAACUAUGGCGAGCUCAAGAUGCUGAACCCCCUUACGCCGUUUGUGUACCGUGAAGCAGACGAGAUGGAGCCGUUUGUGUACGCUCGAUUCGACUGGGGCGUGGAGAAAAAGGUACCUGUGCCUGGCAAAAGCGACAAGGAGGUUCUGGCCGUCCUCAAGGGUCUCGUGGACCACGGGCUCACGUUGCCCAAGUCGCCUGAGAGUGACCUUCUUGUUGCUGCCCCCGUCAUUGAUGCGGACAAGGGGGAGGAUGCGUACGAGCCCAUUAACCUCACAUGGGACGGCAAGACGAUGCGUCGCAACCCGGACUUUGACAUUCCGCUAGAGGAAGCGUUGAAGGCUUGA